AUGUAUCCAUCUUCACAAGUAAUACCAUUUCCGAAUGAACAACUUUCUGCAACAAUGCGUCCAUCUGAUAUUCAGGCAUUCGUAAGAUACAAUGAUAAUAUACCACGCUUGUAUCCACCAACUAUACGAGAACCAUGGGCACCAACUAUAAUGACACAACAUCCAUAUCCAACCGUUCCAGAGAAAAAAUCCAUGCUUCCAAGUAAGAAGUUUUUCAUAAUGGCAUCUACAAUAGGAGUUGUCGUUGGUUUGUGUAUUUCUGGUAUUCCAUUAGCAGUUAUGACUACAUUGUAUUUGCAAUUGAAAUCUCAAAUAAGUUCUAAUGGAACAGCAGAUACAAGUAAUUCCAGCAGUUUACCUUCUCAAUGUAGUACAUACACAACCAAUUCCGAUGCAACACGCCGUACUACAUGUACCGGUCCUGCUUAUACUGAUUGUGCUUUGACAGCUGGAUGGUAUCAAUUUACAGGAAGUGGUGGUACUAAAUUAGCUACAACUCCGAGUAGCACAGGUGAUUGCUGCACAACCUAUUCAGGCUGGUUCAAUGGUACUCUUCCAUCCACUUAUGGCACAACAACAGUGGGUAUGAAUUAUUUUCAUAAUAAUUAUAUUUUGGCAGAAAAACCAAUAAAUAUGUUUCCUAACGCCGAUAAACCUACAAAACCUCCUACAACACUUAGUAAAAGAGUACCGUUAACAAAAGCCUAUAGUUGUUCGGAUGCAUCAUCAAAACGUUUUUCUGGUAAUUGUGAAUUUAUAACACCAAGAGAAUUUGUUGAAUUAGUUUCACAAAAUUCGAAUUCACAAAAUCCGCCUAUACUUGAUUGUCGUUCUCAAAUGGAUUUUGGUUCGGAACGUAUACGUUCAUCACAUAAUAUAAAUUGUCGAACAAAAAUUAUGGCGAGAAAAUUAACAUCAAAACGUUUGGAAGAUGUGGAACCAAAUCUAUCAUCAUCAUUAAAUAAAUCUGAUCUUGUCAUUCUCUAUGAUCAAUCAACAGAUAUACCAGAAGAAGAUAAAAUGCGUUCACUACCUAUGAAUCUUGUUGUACAAGCAGCACAAAAAUCAAAUAAAAAAGUUCAAAUUAUUCAAGGUGGUUUAGAUGCUAUUAAAACCGAAUAUCCACAUUUAAUUGAAUGUCCCAUUGAACAAAUUAAACAUAAAACUGAUGAUGAUCUUAUUCCUGUACCAGCAACUCCUGAAUCAAUUGAUAAAGAAAAUGUUGUUAUGACAGAAAUUAUACCACAUAUAUUUGUUGGUAAUUUAAAUGAUGCACAAAAUCUAGAUCGUUUAACUCAACAUGGCAUUACACAUGUUGUAAACUGUACACCAGAUCUACCAUUUUAUUCGGAAAAUAAACAUAAAUGUUUACGAAUUGAUGUACUUGAUUUACCAUCACAAAAUAUUCGUAAAUAUUUUGAUACUGCUGUAGAAUUUAUUGAUAAUGCUUUACGUUCAAAAGGUAAUGUUCUUGUACAUUGUUCAGCUGGUAUUAGUCGAAGUCCAACAUUAGUACUUGCUUAUUUAAUGAAAAAAAAUCAUUGGACAUUAGAUGUAGCAUUUGAUAAAAUGAGAAAAUUACGUCAAAUAGUUGAUCCUAAUAUGAGUUUUAUAAUUCAAUUAAGAGAGUGGGAAAAAACUCUAAUAUCAAAUACAACAUCAACACCAUCACUACCGACAACACCAAUACCAACAUCAGAAAUUCAUGAUGAAAAUUCAGGUAUAAAUAAUAGUCCUAAUAUAAGAUCAGCAACAAAUACAUAUUGUGGAUCAACAUCAAAAAGUAAGACAGAUGCAAAAAAUUGUACUGAUGCUACUAUUACAGUUAAUUAA